GAGAAUACUUAAAUGAAAGAGGAGUAAAGAAUAGUUAACGAGUUUUUUUCCUUAAAAUAAUGUAAUUAACAAAGUCUUCUUGUAAGUCUAUCAGUAGCUAUUUGACUAUUUUUUCCCUUUUCACUAAAGUAUAAACGAUUCCUUCAGCUGGAAUAAAAUCUUAUUUUUGAAUUACAAUUUCUUUUACUGAAAAGAUACUGUCUAUCUAAAAAUAACAGUCCUAGUUCAAGUAUAACUAUAGAAAGUGAAUAAUUAGAGAAUCAAAAUUAUUUUAGGUCUUCCUAAACACAUGAAAGUAGUCUCCUAGUCCUAGAGGAAAACAAAAAGACUACCUUUUCUAAGACCAAAACCAAAUAUAUUCUGGAUUUAAGUGUCAAAUUAUUUUUGUACAAAUACUUCUUACACUCAAUUUAAACUCAAUAUAUAGCCGUAUAGGUAUUUUCUGCCGAUUCUUUCUUUCAAAAAGUUGGAAAUAAUGGAAGUAGUAGAGGCUUCUCCUGACUUGAUUAACAAACUUCCUGAACACCUCUUAUGUUCAAUAAUCUCAUAUCUUCCCACAAAAGAAGCCAUAGCAACAAGCAUAUUUUCAAAACAUUGGAAAUUCCUAUGGAAGUCCUUAUCUCGCCUUUCGUUGAAUCUGCCACAAGAUCAAGUACUUGUGGACAAGAUUCUUUCAUCACAAGUUGGAAAGAAUAUCGAACAUUUUCACAUGAAUCAUCUCCCACAAGAUUGGAGUACUUCAAAGAACAACAUGAAACGAUGGAUAAACCACCUUAAAAACAAAAAAAGACUCCAAGGGAUUUCACUUUAUUGUGAUAAAAACAAUUACCGAUCGUAUUUACCAAGAAGCAUCUUCCAUGGUAGAUUUCUUCAAGUGGUGGAGCUAAAAGAAUAUGUGCUGACCGAUGCUUCCCCCUUUGAAGGUUGCGUCAAUUUUAAAACCCUAAAACUCAUUGCUAUCCAUUUAAAGGAUAAAACCCUAAACGACAUCGUUCGUAAUUGUACCUCCUUGGAGAAUCUGAGCCUUAAUGAUUGUAGCAAGCUUAAUAUUGACAUCAUUCACCACAAGAAACUCAAGAUAAUAGAGAUUAGAGAUAUUGAUAUAAUGAAAUUUACUUUAGUAUCUGAAAGCCUGACUGAGUUGGUGUUUGAACCUAAUUCCUGUUACUCUUCCAAAAAAUCUCAUAUUGCCUGUCCCAACCUUCGGGUUCUCCGGACCAACAGCAAAGAGCUGCUCGAAUGGUGCACUGGUUUGAGGCCGUGUCGAGAUUAUGAACGCUAUAAGUACGGAAUCCCUUUGACCGAGGUGCGUGUGUUAUGCACCAGCUUAGACUUGAACAACAUGAAUGACAAUAUUGUGCUUAACUACAUCUUCAGGGUGUGGAGCCAUCUUCAAACGCUUGAUAUCACUAAUCAGGUUGGGAAGACUCUAGAUUAUGAAUCCGCUUUUCGUCUGGAGUAUUGGUUUUGGGAAAUGAAAGAGUUGGCAGAUAGUUUUACUCAUCAUCUGAGACUGGUGAGGAUUAGAGGGUUUACUGGAAAAGAGCGUGAAAUCAGACUUGUAACUCAUAUGAUAAAGAAUGCUUGUAUGUUGGAGAAGCUAGAAAUUCAAUGCAGUGAUGGUUGUUCAACACAAGGAGCAGCUGCUACUCAGGGAUUACUAUUAUUGCCCAGAGCCUCUAUUAAUGUAUCUAUAGUCUUGAAUAUGCCUGGAGAUUAACAUUUGUUAUCAGUUUAUCAGUUUUGAAGUUGGAUACUGACACUUUCAUUGUCAUUUUCUUCUAUGA